UUCAGAGUUUCCUGUUCCUACUCAGGCUAUAGACAAGCAGUGAGGGAGUGGCCUGUGCAAGUGCUCAGACAGACAGAAGCCGGUGCUAUCUCUGUGUCUAGCAUAUACGGAGUGACUGGUGCACACACUGCUGUCCUAUGGUCCUGGGAUAGAGAUUACACUGAGCACUACUAGGACUGAUCUGGCUGCUGUGCAGCAUAUGGCUCCAGUCUCAGCUGCUGCACCUGCACUCAGUCACUGUACUGCCGGGUGCUGUGGGAAGUAGUGACACGGAUCCCAGGGACAUGGCUGAGCCUCAGGUCUUCGAGGAUGCAGCGCAGGAUGCACAGGAGGAGGAUGCCCCACUCAUACAGGACGGUGAUCGGGAGCCUGACUCAAAGAGAUGCUCAAGUGUCAGCAGCCUCAGGCAGUACCAGGUGUACAGGAGGAGGUGGUUCUACUUGGCAGUGGUGUGUCUCAUCAAUUCCUCCAAUGCAAUGUUAUGGAUCAGCUUUGCUCCAGUGGCCAAUUUGACUGCCAGCUAUUUUAACUGCUCCCUGGAUACUGUAAACUAUCUUGCUCUUGUAUAUGUUAUUGUAUCCAUACCAAUUGGUUUUGUUGCAUCCUGGCUGCUGGACACUCUGGGGUUAAGAUAUGCUGUUAUCAUCAGCUCAUGGCUGAACAUGCUGGGCAGUAUAGUGCGCGGUGCCAGUGCUAUCGAGCUCCUAAAUACUGGAAAUAGUAAAUUGUAUUAUUUAUUUGUGGGACAGUGCAUUUGUGCUGUGGCACAGCCUCUUGUACUCUUUGUUCCUGCUAAACUUGCAGCUGUGUGGUUUCCAGAACACCAGCGAGCCACAGCUAAUAUGAUUGCUUCAAUGUCAAAUCCAUUUGGCAUAUUUCUAGCAAACAUAUUGUCACCAGUAAUUGUAUCUAAAGCUGAGCAAAUUCCAAUAUUGCAUGGAGUCUAUGGGAUUCCCGCAGUACUAGCCUGCACAUUGGCAACCGCAGGAUUUACUAAGAGGGCUCCUCCAACACCACCAUCAGCUAGUGCACAUAAUUCCACUUCUGAACCUUUCUUUUCUGGUUUAAAACAGCUUAUGAAAAAUAAAGCCUACAUUGUCCUGAUGAUUUGCUUUGGAACUGGUCUAGGAGUCUUCACAGCAUUUUCUACAUUUCUGGAACAAAUACUGUGUUUUAAAGACUAUUCAAAUUUUAUUUCAGGAUUGUGUGGAGCUCUGUUCAUUUUGUUUGGGGCUGUUGGUGCCUUAUUAUGUGGAUUGUAUGUGGAUCGGACAAAGAAGUUCACAGAAGUGGUCAAAAUCAGCUUUGUAAUGUCAGCGCUGACCAUUACAGUCUUUGCAGUGGUAUCAAAUUUGCGGAACCAGACCGUUCUAUUGGUAAUCAUAUGUUCCUUGCUGGGAUUUUUUGGCUUUGCAAACUAUCCAAUUGCUAUGGAGCUAGCUGUGGAAUGCUCUUACCCUGUUGGAGAAGGUAGUUCAACAGGUUUGGCCUUUAUAUCUGGCCAGGUCCAGGGAUUAAUCUUCAUGAUGCUGCUUCAGUUACUAGCGAAACCGUAUGCUGCCACUUCCCUCUCUGCAUGUGGCACGAGUCAGACUGAAAUAUACGAUUGGUCACUUUCUUCUUUAGUAAUGGCUGGUGUUUGCAGUAUUGGAGCCUGCAUAUUUGUCACCUUUUUCCAUACGGAUUACAAAAGAUUAAAAGCUGAAGCAAAAUCUGACGAAGAUGGUAAUGGACAUGAUACCAACUCAACAUAAUUGUAAAUGUGAAGAACUAUGAUAUUCUUUUAUUAAUCAAUCUCUAAGAAAGAUGAAGACAACUGAUGAAACCAUAUGUGAAGAGCUGCUUGACAUGCACUGACACUUACUGUAUGUAUUUUGGUACUGAUUUUGAUAUUGCUAACAGAUUUUAUAUUUUUAUGGGUUGGUUUUGUGAAAAGGAAAAAAUAAAUAAAAAAUAAACAUGUUUAAA